UUUGUUGUUUGUGUUUUUUUUUUUCUUAUUAUUAUUUUCCCUACAGGCGCUGCCGAUACAAAGGCCUGACUCAGAAGAAAUUCUGCGUCACCUGUAGCAUUAAGAUCAAGAUCAAGAUCAAGACUUAAACUUUGUGCCCAGUUACUCACUUGUCUAAUUUAGCAGAAGCCAGAAGUGCCAAUUGUGUUUCCAUAAGAUAAUGUUGACAGUCGUUACAGCCGUUACCCUGUGGCCGUCAGACCCUUUUACAGUGACUGGCAGUGGAAAUGAUUUGCAAAAUAUAGCAGUGAAUAUCCAGUGACAUCCAAUCCUACGUCCCACUGUUCAGAAAGCCCUUGGCAGAGUUAUGCAGGCUUCAUAAGGAUAAGUGAGCAUGAGUUGAAUCUUGUUUCGUGAGGAGCAGCAGCAGUGCCACUGUGAAUUGGCAAGUACAAGACAAUGUGGUGGGUGCAGCAGGCACUAGUGUGGCUGGCCCUUGGAGCUGCCUUCACUGCUGCCCUCAACUACUUUCUUAUGUCCAGAAAUCCAUCUCCAGCAACUAUUCUCUUGCACCCGAAGUCUCCAUCAUCAUCUGCCUUGGAAAAUCAUUCCCUCCACCAACAAGUUUACCUUAGGGGUGAAGUAUAUGCUUUAAGAAACAGUGUGUAUCACAAAUUGAAUCAGAAGAACCGGACAGGAAUCACAAAUGCAAUCCACACACUGUAUGACCACCUGCCUGGGGUGAAGAUUCAAUACAAGACUCCCUCACCCCACCUUCCCAGCCUCAUCCACACCCUUGGGCAGGACAUCAUCACUAGGGGAAUCAUUACUGACCCAUGGGACUUAGCAAAGAAGUGGGCAAAUCCCAGGUCGCUGGUUCCAGGUUCUGCUCAUGGGCUUGGAGAUGUAUUAGGAGCUCUGGCAACUGCCCCCAUUGUAUUUGCUGACGUUGGCUACAAGGGCAGUCAACUUAAGAUCUCUCUACUUCUCAAGGGUGGCCAGAAAGCAGUGUUGAAGCCAAUAAGGUGAGUUCUAAAACAAUAUGAUGCUGUUGACUAACAAUAAAUGCGUAUCUUUUCCCUAUAAACUACAUUCUAUUUCAUUCAUUCAAUUCUUGUCUAUAGAUAAAUUUAUUUCAUACAUUUGUAGUACAAAAGACCCUCAGAACUCAAACACAGUCCAUUCCAGAAAGUUGUUUGAGGAUGAAAUUGGUCAAUAUCCAAAAUUGUUUUCUCUGUAGGAAAUAAUGUAAAUAAUUAUAAUCUGUUUUAAGAGCUCAGAUACUUACCUGAGUUAAUAAAAAUUGAACUAAAUUGA